AUGAGUGCAAGGGGAGAUCCUUCAACGCAACAGCCGGUACCGUAUGGAGACAAGUCGAUGGAUCCAUCAGAUGAAAUCCGCGAGCCAGCGAGGCAAGAGAUUGGGAAAGAGCCGAAUACCUCCCCAAGCCACCCAAAGGUGGCGCCACAGAGGGAUCAGAAAACGCGGAGAGAUCAGAACCAAAAUGGACAAAAGAGCAAAGGGGAGGAGAAAGUCCGGAAAAUCCACAUUGAUGAGCAUUUUGGGAAGGGUGCCGUUGCUGGUGGGCUUCGUGGCGUGAAGAGACCGCUGACAACUGGCGCGGAUGUGAACACAGGAGCUAAUUCGGACGAAAACGUCGAAAAGGCCGGAGACGCUUUAGCCGUAUUUGACGCUAUUGUCAAAGGCAAUUCCGAAACAGCUAUUAACCUCAUCAAGCGCAAUGGACUCAAGCUGGAAACUCGACACGGACCGUCGCAGCGAACGGCCCUGCACCAAGCCGCCGUCAUGAACAACGAAGAAGUCGUGGUAGAGAUCCUGCGACACCCCGAGUCUCGCAGUUACAUUGAGAUUAGGGACCAUUUCGGCAGAACAGCAUUGCACAAAGCAGUGGAGAAUGGGCAUAUCAAUCUCGCUCGCAUUCUGCUACGAAGUGGGGCGAUCCUGGAUGCCCCGGAUGACCAACACAUAUCACCGUUGCAUCUGGCAGUCUGGGGAGCCAAUUCUCCCGCGACCCCAAGGGAUGUGAACACGGUUAACUUUCUGCUCGAACACGGGGCCGAGGUCAACUGGAAAGAUAAAUUUGGGGAUUCACCGCUACAUGACGCAUCGGAAAAGGCCAACGAGAAGAUCAUGGAACUGUUGUUCAAGUACGGUGCAGAUCCGAACAGCGUCAAUGUCGAUGGCAAAACACCGCAGAGCCUCGUGCCCCCCGGAAAUCCUGUGGCAAAACUCUUCGAUAGACCCCGGGAGAAGUGGCGUUCGAUCAAGGUGCCCGAGAGCCGCUCAUAUUGUACGGCCGAGCAGGAGAAUGUAUGUAAGGAGUUUUUUGUGGACAUUAAGUUCUAUUGGCGAGACAAGGUCUCCUGGUCGACGAAGAUGUCGGUGUUUGACGUGGUGUACAACCUGGAGGAAGAAGAGGUUGGCUUGGGGAUUGACUCUGGAGACCAGUCUGGGACACCAAAGACGGCGCUAGAAAAGCUCGAGGCCAAAUUCGUCGAAAUCGUCCAAAAUGCCGAGGAAGGCAGGAACCUCCAGCUUCCCGUAAAUGCUGGAGAGAUCUGGAAGUGGAUCAAUUUUCCCGCUAACAACAUGACAUGGGUCAAGGAUUUGGUCUGGCACCUGACGAGUAAAUACAAUGAUAAUGCCAGGAGAUAUCAUGCGUGGCGGUUUCUUGAAGAGAACAUGUGGGAAAGAAAAGGAGGAACUCUCCAUGGAUGCAUCCGAAAUCCCCACGCCGAAGACAAAUUAGAGCAUCAGCCAGAAGACAAAGACGACGACGAGAUAGACAGAACUUCUGGUCAGACGUCCCCGGAACUUUGGGGCAACACUGCAAUUGGAGGUGACCCGACUCCGGGAGCAGACAGCAAAAGAAUGAUUUCUCUUGUGGUUCCGUUUAUCGAUUUUGAGACCGAGCAUUAUCUUGAGCGUCGUCACCAGAAACACCACGGAAAGAGACAGUUCCGGAUAAUGGCCAGUUUGGAAGACAACUAUCCGCAGUAUGAGGGAUCUAGCGGUCUUCAGGUCCCUCAGACUUUGGAUCAGUCAUAUUAUGAUACCCUUAGCACGGAAGAUCUUAGAGCGCGAGACAAGGACCAGGUGGUCUACAAAUGGUUCAAAGACAUCAUCGAUCGACAGAAGCCGCCGGAAGGGAACCAGAUACUAUUAGAACCACCACCGGAGAACCGUGACGAUGCCAAUGUCUCAAGUGAGUCUACACUGGAAGUUGGGAGAGGAGGAGAGAAGUGCAGUGGCAGCCAUAAAACUCCACUAACAGAAAACUUUUUGACAGACCUAUCCAGCCCCAAAUCGACAACGGAGAAGUUAGAUGACGAUGUCAAUUCAGAGCACGAUGUCAAGGUGGAUGUCCAGUCACCUCGAAGUCCUGGAGGUGGACCGCGCUCAUCGGUCAAACGGUUGCGCGUUGCCACCACUUUUUUGACUAGCAUGUCUCGGUUGUCAGAAAGCAGGAGGUCAACCUCGGAAGAGAAGAAACCGAAACACCAAAAGAUAGGUAGAAAGGAGAAAGGUACCAUGGUGGCGGGCGAGAGUUUAGCAAAGCUCCUUAUGGUUCACCAGCUAUGGCUAUGGAAACUGGAUGAAAGUACGGUUAUCACGGCCCUACCGGAGAGAUGGCACAUUGGAACAGAAGAUACUUUGCUAGACACAAUUCGUCAGAGCGGCAAUGACACAAUCGCCCGACCGGAAGCCCUCAUCGAACACAUCUUGUCCGAAUGUGCUACUUACCCAGAUGAGUUUCGAUAUGCGGGAGUGGGCGACCAUAUAUUGGAUAUAUUUGAGAGUUCGAUUGCAAAAUUGUCUCAUGCUGAAGCCAAAUACUUUAAAAAAUUCUAUGAAUUCAUACUCAAAGACACGGCGAAUCACGAUUCUCAGGAGGAUCCUCUUUCUAGGAAUGACCCAGAAUCUCGUGGAGAUCCAACUUCGAUCAACAAGGAAGUCUUCUUUAUCUACCAGGUCAAGGAUAUCCUUGACGAGCUCCACAUGAUCCGACGGGUGUUUGGGAACCAGCGAGAGGUAGUCGAAAAGUUCCUGAACAUCAUACGACCUGGACAGUCCCCACAGGACACGCAGUACAAGCAGCGGUUCAUGCAGAAUUGCCGUAUAGACGCCUUCAUUGACAAGACUCUCAGGCUGGAAGAUGAUGCAAAGAGGAUUCUAGGCGACCUCGACUACCUUGUGCAGGUAAAGCAGGCACAGAGCUCUCUUAAUGAGGCGCUAAUUGCUUCAGAGGAAGCAAAGAAGUCUCAGAGGCUAAACAACUAUAUCAUGCUAUUUACUGUCGUCACUGUGAUCUUUACCCCCCUUUCAUUCAUGACCGGCCUCUUUGCCAUUCCAAUCGAUGACUUUCCACGCGAUAGCACUGGGGACAUAAGCUACCGGUCCUCAUGGAUAACAGGCCGCAUGUUUGCCGGAGAACUCGUCAGCCUUAUCGUUAUCGGCAUUGGGUUCAUCAUCAUGUGGCGGAGGGGAGAUCUCGGCCCACCGUCGCUGAAGUUCCGGUUCCGCCUAUCCCAGGCUUCUAGCUCCACUCCUCUACAACCCUCCAGUCUUAGGUCCUCGUUGAGACGACCACCACCAUCGCCAGAAAGGCCCCGGCGUACUCUGCUCCGUAACGAGACCGAAGAGCCGUACACCAACAUCUCCCAGGCGGCUUUCAGAGGGAAUAAUCCGGAUGCCCGGAUAUCUGGUCUGCCAGGAUCGGGGGACCGCGUUCGAAUGGGGUGGAAGAAAUCGAAGCAUUCUCAUGAUGAGGAGAGUCAGCCGCCAAUCUUCACCGACCGUUGA